AUGAAUUCUGAGUUUCAAAGAAUUAAAUUUACAUUUCCUGUUAUAGAGAAAUUUAUAUUAAUGGUAUUAAAUCAAUAGAAAUAGGACUUAAAUAAAAAAAUAGCUUUGGAAGAUUUGAAAUUCACAUUUACAAAUAUUUUAAAGAUAGAUCUAUUCGCAAAAAAGCUUACUUUCAUGAUUAACAAAAGUUUCAAAUAAAUUGAGUUGAAUUCACAACAAUCUCUAAAAGGGCAAAUUGCUUUAGAAAAUCAUAAAAAAGAAUAAGCUCCUAUUGAAGUGAUUGUCAAAUUUUUUGAAGAAGGAGCAUGA